CCGGAGGCGAUGGGGAACGCCGAUCUUCCGACGGGCGUUGGAUGAUCGCGCUGCCUAAGCCGGCAGAUUUCUUUGCUUGGGAUGUGCGAGCCGGAGUCGCGCCCAGCAAGAAGAAUGCGGCUGUCAAGCGAGAAUUUAAGUCGAAUUUCUUUCAGUCAUCUGCUGUGGCGAAAGUAGCAACGAUUGCUCCAAGAAAACUUCGGCGGAGAGCACUAGUGAUCAGUAACAGUUCUUCGACGUCCGUCAAGCUAUCAGCGAAUGAUCUCGAAGAAGCCAAAUUGGCGGUGAAGGAGCUCGUCCAGAAUACGUAUAGUAAUCCAAUCCUGAUUCGCUUGGGGUGGCAUGACGCAGGAACUUAUAACAAAGAUAUCAAAGAGUGGCCAAAAUGCGGUGGCGCAAAUGGGAGUGUACGAUUUACGAAGGAGAUGGGUCACGCUGCCAAUGCCGGCCUCCAAGGCGCACUGAAACUUCUGGAUCCUAUCAAAGAUAAAUUCCCUGCGAUAAGCUAUGCAGAUUUGUUCCAACUUGCGAGCGUCACUGCGAUAGAGCUAGCGGGAGGUCCUAAAAUACCGAUGCGAUACGGAAGAGUGGAUACGACUACUCCAGAAGAAUGUCCGGAAGAAGGAAUGCUUCCUGAUGCUGGAGCUCCAAGUCCUGCCGAACAUCUUCGGAAGGUAUUUUACAGAAUGGGGUUUAACGACAAGGAAAUUGUUGCUUUAUCGGGUGCUCACACACUCGGCAGGGCUCGGCCGAAUAGAAGUGGAUGGGGCAAAGAUGAAACCAAAUAUACAAAAGAUGGUCCAGGACUACCUGGCGGGCAGUCAUGGACCGUACAUUGGCUGAAGUUUGACAACUCCUAUUUCAGGGAAGUAAAAGAGAAACGAGAUGCAGAAUUACUUGUACUGCCAACGGAUGCGGCUCUCUUUGAGGAUCCCAGCUUUAAGGUGUAUGCUGAAAAGUAUGCAGAGGAUCAAGAAACUUUCUUCAAAGACUACGCAGAAGCUCAUGCCAAGCUUAGUGAGCUAGGUGCUAAAUUCGAUCCACCCGAGGGCAUUACGCUUGAGGCUGCUCCUCAAAAGUUCGUUGCUGCCGAAUACUCAACUCCGAAGAAAGAGCUCUCUGAUUCCAUGAAGCAGAAAAUCCGUGCUGAAUACCUUGGGCUUGGUGGAAGUCCAGACCAGCCUUUGAAGACGAACUACUUUCUGAACAUUAUAGUCAUCAUUGCGGUUCUUGCUAUUCUGACGUGGCUAUUCGGUGGGUUUUAGUAAGUACGCAGUAUGGAGGCAUUCCCGUUCGGUCAGUUUUUAUUUCUAGCUUCAAUAAAACUCUCACUAAAGUUCCAGAGCU